AUGGAUUUCUAUGAUCAUGGAUACGAAGAGAACAAACUUGGGAUGACCGUAACGAGUGGUUGUGUGAAACUUAAAAAGGACCCACAGAAUCUAGUGGGUAUAAGUAUUGGAGGGGGAGCCCCAUACUGUCCGUGCCUUUACGUUGUUCAAAUAUUCGACUCCACGCCAGCUUCAGAAGAUGGUAGUCUUCAAGCUGGGGACGAAAUAACUGGUGUCAAUGGUAUAUCUGUAAAAGGCAAGACGAAAGUGGAAGCUGCACGACUCAUUCAAAGUUUCAAGGAUGAAGUAAGAAUUAACUAUAACAAACUUCAUGCAGACCCAAAACAAGGAAAAACGCUAGACUUAAUAUUAAAGAAGGUGAAACAUCGUAUUGUUGAAACGAUGGAAUCUAGUACAGCCGAUGCUUUAGGUCUAAGCCGAGCUAUUCUUGUAAAUGACGGUAUGGUUAAAAAGUUGGAAGAACUCAAUAAAACAUCAAAUGUGUUUUCGGGUAUGGUAAAUCAUGCAAAAAAGUUGUUACGUGCAAUCUAUGAACUUUCUCGUAUCUAUGCUGUAUUGGGAGACACAUUUUCAGAAAUUGGCGUUAAAGAGCCCAUGACAUGCACAAGCGAAGCAUUUACUCAAUUUGGUACGAUUCAUCGAAGUAUGGAGCGUUUUUCGAUUGAAAUGUUGAAAAAGAUUAAGCCAAUGAUCAUGGAUUUAAACACAUUUCUACAUAAAGCGGUUCCUGAUACAAAGUUAACAAUCAAAAAAUAUUUAGAUGUCAAAUUUGAAUAUUUGUCUUAUUGUCUUAAAGUAAAGGAAAUGGACGAUGAAGAGUAUGGUUUUGCUAUGGUUCAAGAACCACUAUAUCGUGUAGAAACUGGAAAUUAUGAAUAUAGACUUGUUUUAAGAUGUCGACAGGAUGCACGUACACGGUUUGCUAAGAUGCGCAAUGAUGUUUUAGUAAAACUAGAAUUAUUGGAUAAUAAACAUGUACAAGAUAUCGUGUUUGAGUUACAACGUUUCAUCGAUGCUAUGGCCACCUACCAUGAUCAAUGUUAUGGUGUCAUGAAGCAAAUAAAAAUUUUUCCACUUGAAGUGGAUCUGGCAAGAGAUGCAUUUGCGUACAACCUAGGGAUUUUUAAUACAGGCGAAGAUGAAGGCGGUGAAGAUAUUGAUGAGGAUGUAAUCAACACUGAGUCAGUUGGAGAAAAAUCUGUCAGUAGCAAGUAUAACCAGUUAACUGACGAUGUCAAAUUAAUAGACCUGGCAGGAAUAAAUUCCAAAAGCCGAUAUUCUGAGAAUGAGGGUGAUGAUGAGGUGUUAGAUAUGAACAACUGGAACUCUUUAUCUACUUGGGGUCCUCAUACAGGUGACAGUAAAUCGAAUAAACAGGAGGCUGUUACAGACUUGCUUUGUUUUGACUAGUUA